UUGUCUCUGUUGCUGAUUCUACAAACUCUCUUCAUUUUCGCUUCCAUAAUCAUGACAAGAAAUUGAAACCUUUUUCCAGAGGAAAAUGGCCAAAAGAACACUGAAAAUUUCAUUGCAUGGAUGCCACAGUAAAAGCAGGCUGAGCUGUUUACCAUUUUAGAAACCCGUGUGGGGUUCACCUGUUGCCAAAUUUACCGUUUUUUUUUUUAUAAAAAAAAAAAAAAUCAGUCUCCUUCCCUCUGUGGUUUUCUCGCAUUGAAUUCCAAUCCAAUCAAGAAUCAUCUCACCGCUAAUCUCGCCUCCAUAAUCAUUUCUCUCCUCUUUGUUGCCAAAGUGAAAAUGGAUUUUUACUAUAAACUAUAAUAUAAUUUAUACUUCUCACAUUCCUUCGAUCCUUUCCUCUGCCCUGGCAUAACCAAACAUGUCUCUCUUCUUCCUCUCCCUCCUUCUUCUCCUCCCUUCCUCUGCUCUUUCCUUCGCCAAUGAUACUUCUUACUUCAUAGAUUGCGGAGGCUCCAUUAACUCUACUGACCCCUUCAACACUACCUGGCUUUCUGACCGCUUCUUCACCGGCGGCCUCACUUCUGUCGUCUCUGAGCCCCUCCACUUCCGCUUCCCCCAAGAGAAGACCCUCCGCUUUUUCCCUCUCUCUUCUGGCAAGAAGAAUUGCUACAUUAUACCACUCCCUAAUGGCCGUUACUAUAUCCGUACUUUUACCGUCUAUGACAACUACGACGGUAAGUCUCACUCUCCGAGUUUUGACGUUUCCGUUGAAGGUACUCUCGUCUUCUCUUGGCGCUCCCCCUGGCCUGAGAAUCUCGCUCGGGACGGCGCUUACUCUGAUCUAUUCGCGUUUGUUAAAGAUGGAGAGGCGGAUAUCUGUUUCUACAGCAUUGCCACUGAUCCUCCCGUGAUUGGCUCUCUCGAAAUCCGUCAAGUAGAUCCGCUGUCGUAUGAUUCUUCCAAAAUCGGCGACAAUUUUAUCCUCGUCAACUACGGUCGUUUAGCCUGCGGCUCCGUCCAAUGGGGACCAGGGUUCAGCAACGAUACCGACGACUUCGGCCGCUCAUGGCAGUCCGAUUCCGAGUUCCGAUCCCCAAGCACCUCCAACCAGUUCCAUUCCUUCUCCACCCGAGAAAAAAUAAUUGGCACUGAUCAGGCCCCAAAUUACUUCCCAAUGAAGCUUUACCAGACGGCGGUUACGGGAAACGGACUUUUGGAGUACGAACUCGCGGUGGAUGCGAAAUUGGACUACUUGUUGUGGUUUCACUUCGCUGAGAUUGAUUCGACAGUAACCAAGAAGGGACAGAGAGUUUUCGAUGUGUUGGUGAAUGACAAAAACGUUAGCAGAGUUGAUAUUUAUGCGCAGGUUGGGAGCUUCGCGGCCUAUAGUUUACAGUAUACGGUGCACAAUCUGAGCAGUACUGAGUUGACUGUGAAGCUAAUGCCGGUUGUGGGGGUGCCGCUGAUUAGUGGAAUCGAGAAUUAUGCUCUGGUUCCGAAUGAUAUCUCCACCGCUCCAGAGCAAGUUGUUGCUAUGAGAGCAUUGAAAGAGUCUCUUCGUGUUCCUGAUAGAAUGGGUUGGAAUGGUGAUCCUUGUGCUCCUACUAACUGGGAUGCUUGGGAAGGUGUUACCUGCCAUUCCAACAAAGAUGGAACGGCCCUUGUUAUAUCUCAAAUAGAUCUUGGAAGCCAAGGCUUGAAAGGGUACAUAAGUGAUCAGAUUAGUCUAUUGUCAAACUUGGUAAGCCUAAAUUUGAGUGCUAAUUCUUUGGUAGGAACUCUUCCAUCAGGAUUAGGUCAUAAAUCACUUGUAUCGCUGGAUUUAUCAAACAAUCACUUCUCUGGACCUAUACCAGAAAGUCUAGCUUCUUCAAGUCUGCAGCUUGUGUUAUUGAAUAAUAACUUACUGGAAGGGCCAGUCCAAGAGGAGCUUUAUUCAAUUGGUGUGCAUGGUGGGACUAUUGACCUUUCGGGUAACAAAGGUUUGUGUGGUGUUCCCUCUUUGCCUCAAUGCUCAUUAUUUUGGAAAAAUGGGCAUUUGUCCACUGGUGGUAAAGUUGCGAUAGCCCUAUCAUGUCUUCUUGUUGCCUCUGUGCUUCUGUUGGUGGUAUACAUAUACGUCAAGAGGAGUAGAAACGAUUACGACUUUGCUCCCCCUCAUGAUUUAAUGUCAAUGGCUGCAAAGAGAAACAGAUACCAGAGGCAGAAGUCCUUGAUGCUUCUUGAAAUGGAGAGCCAACAUGCGAAAGGGUUGCCAUCACCUUAUGGUCCCCAAUAACAGUCUUCUUGAAAAAGUAUAAUACUGAUCUUGAUAGUCUUCAUUCCACCUAGAGGGCAAUAGGGCAUAGUCGCAUAGAGAGGGGACACAAUGUGACUAAAUACAACAUGCAUAGAUAGGAUGUGAGCUGCAUCAGUGAUUCACAAAGAUAAGAGACUUGGAAUCUUUUGACAAUCAAAGCAAAUCAGAAGUCACAAUGUCUAUAAAAAUGCAAUGCAUCUCAUUUUUAUUCUCACUGACAAAGAAACGGGAUAAGCCUUCCUGAUGUAUCAUAUCCAUUUUGGGGCAUUUUAUGAAUAUAUUCUGUGAAUUCGCCUCAAUUUUUGAAAAGUGGUAUUUGCACACUUCCGCAUUGGGGUCCCAGGUUCAUUAUUGAUGUUUGCUGAACGUACUUUUGGCUGAUUAUUUCCUAACUCCUUCCAAUGAUUUCUCUACCUGUGGGGUUUCUGUACUAUCUUCAACAAAUUUUCACUUCUGUAAGCAUUCUUCAACGCAUUUUCUUCAUGGGAUAUGUUAUAGAUGCUUGCUUCAUGUUGA